AUGGCAGCGCUGCUGCUGCUAGUAGCCUCCGCGGCCGCCGCCAGCCUCGGCGAGCUAGCGCGACGCGACACCGGUGACGUGUUCACACUUCUUGAUGGCGGCGAUUGCGGUGCAGUGCAGUGCGCUGAGCACGGCGCACGCGCAGUACCGCGCACUGUCGGUACUACAGGGUGCGUCUGCGCUUGUCCACAACGAGCCCCGCUGUUUAGAGAAGACCGUGAACUCUGCGUUGAUGACUUGCCAGAUGUUAAAACUCCAAUAUGCGCGGUAUCCGGAGCGCAAUAUCUCACUCGCAAAGGAUUUUUGGAUUUACGUAACACACUGGAUGCGGACGUGCCAUUUAGCCUGUUCCGAGAUGAAGGCAGGACUUUCUUACAGUGGAGCGGAGAGGACGACAUGCGCACUCGUAUGUCCGGGCGAGUCAUGCUGGUGAGGCUGCUCUGCCGUGACGUGGCCGAGCCGCCCAGCUCCCCACUCGACCUACGCGGCGUCUUCACACCGUGCGUCGCGUUCAGGGUACAAGGGACGCCGCCUCGAUCCGUUAGCAAUAUAACAGAAGUUCAGUUCGCACCAAAUGCUCAAACUUCAGGAGCGUCGAGCACAUCUGGCUUAACUGUUACGGAAUACAUAGUCAUAGGCAUCAGCUCACUCCUCCUUGGUCUUAUAUACGUUGCAUCCGUUUUCUUAUAUUUGCAUAUAAGAAAACGUCGAAAGACAGCUUCUGAUAAAAACAAUACAAGGAAAACGAAAGUCCUAAAAAACAAAGACGGGAAAAUCAUAACUGAACAUGAUAUUAUCCGCAUAAGUAAUGAGCGUAUCCACACAUUACCUAAUGUCCUCGGUCAAGACGAUGGCAUUGUAAAGAAAAAUCCAUUGCUUAGCCGACAGUAUCAAGAUAGCAAAACAGGUUUUACAAGCGACUCUGGCAGUAAUAUGUCAGAUUCGGAUGACUUCGCCGGUAGCAGCUCAAGAAGUGAAGACAAUGUAUGCAAAAAAAAAACUACAUCAGCCAUUGUGCAUCUUCAUAGCUAUGAACUUAGGCCUCAAAAUAAUCCAGACAUAAGCCAUCGUGACGAAUCCGGUAUCGAAAAACUACCUGAUGAGCACGUAUCAAUAGUAGAGACAAUCGACGAUCGAGAAAUAACUCGACCGGUUGGGACUACUAGAAGGAAACUUUAUUUCAAUCCAGCUUAUUUUGAACCACAUUUAAUGGCUGAACCGCCGCCAGCAGCACUUGAAUUCUUAACAAAAAUAAGAGAAGUUAUAUCGAUUGCGAAACAUAAGAUGGCUGCUAAACGCUUUCACCCUGUUUUAAAUGAAAUACCAGAGGAAGAGACUUAUCCAUCAAAUGGAAACAGUUUAGAUCUUUAUCAAGGGCUUGGAAGUCAACGCAGUGGAAGUGUUGUUAGUCUUAAAAGAGAGAAUAGUAGGAAGAAGUCUGUGAACUGUGUAGGCUGUCCAGGUUGUCAACCUAAUGUUAAAAAUGAACUAAAAAGCUAUAUGAAUUCUGAUAAUGCAACAUGUACGAGUUGCCUCAAUAACAAGGGAGAUAAACAAAAUAGUAUCCGUAAAUGGCUGGAAAAUAUCCCUAAUGUAAAACAGCAAGCAACGUACGACGACUUAAUUAACAACAGUCAAAAUAAUUUAACUGACUCUGUUCUAUCUUUACCUAUUAAGGUGAAACAAUGUGCGUUGAAGAAACAAAACAGUUUUUCCACAUGUAGUUCAGUGCAUUCACAUGAUGAAUUUACAAAUAUUCCUAAGAGAUCUUCGAUACGAUCUGUUAGAUCAGAGCCACCGCUAAGAAAUUACAAUAUACCACUACCUGACUUUGACAAUAUUGAAUGUCUUCAUGAUUUCCAUAACGGUGAGACUGUGUCAUCAAUCGACAAUAAUAUUGUUUUUGAUGACAGUCGAUCUGGCAGUUCAAGAAGCUAUAAAACAUUUCAGUGUAGAAAUAAAAUAUUUAGUAAUAAGAAUGUUUUACCCGAUAUGAUAAAUGAAGCUAUCGCCCUAGAGCAUUGUUCUAAAUCAGAUGAUUUAAGUAGCUCUGACGAAGAAAAAUUAAAUAAUUUAACUGAUAACAUCGAUAACCAAAACGUCUUUACAAGAAAUAAGUCUGAAAGCCCAAACGGAAAUGAUUAUGAAACUGAUAGUUUGGAGAGAGCAUCAAAAGAAAAAAGAAAAUCGUCACCUAUAGAUUAUUCGGAUGUACCUUCUUCACAAGCAAGUCCCAGCUUGAGUAAUGCUUUACCAUUAGAAGAAGAACUUACGAUGAGAAAUGCUGUUUAUAAGAUUCACUCAAGCAGCAAUAGUAACACACCUUCACCACAAAGAGAUGUCUGUAUAGAUUCAAAAUAUUAUGAAACUGAAGACAAAAUACGCACUGAAAAAUAUUCGCCAGAAAUAAAAGAUAUUAAAAAAGAAAAAAGCGAUUACAGUCUGGUUAGUGAAGUGUACGUAAAUAAUAAUUUUGGUAGUACGCCGACUUCACCUAGUGGAUCUGAGUGUUCAAUGGGUAGUAGAAAAUUAAGGAAUGUUGAUGAAGAAUGUGACGAAAAACCAGGGUGCUUGACUAUAGAAGUAAAAGAUCCACCAGAAAAUUAUAUAAAGAUUCAUGAAUCAGACGGUUUUGAACCUGAUACAUUAGAUAGAAAACAUCCAAAAAAUAGAAAAUUUGUUGAUGAUAGUCAGUUUAGUCGUAAUGAUUUUAUGAAAACUAUUUUCAAUACUGAAAGCAAGCCAAGUCAACUUAUACAACUCAGAAGCAGUGGCACUUUUAAAAAAGAUACCAGUAAAGAACAAUUUGCGACAAAAUUUAAUAGUUUAAGAAAUGAUCAAGAACAAAACAAUCGCCCAAAGUUGUCGCCAAGUAUGUUUCAAGACGUAAAAACCAUUGAAGAUUCCGAUGACACUUGGGAUGAUAGUGGAUGGAACACAGAAGAAGGCAGAAUAUUAACUUUAGAAUACAGGCACUCAAAGAGGCAGCGUCAAUGUACUCCACCUACAAUAAAACAACUGAAAAAUUUUGCUAGGCCUGAUAUUCUACCACCAUUACCGCCUACGGUGGAAAGUUCAAUUUACGAAAAACCAAUUAUACCGCCAAGGCGAGUGGAAAAUGACAUAAACAACGUAGAAACUCAUGCAAAAAAUGUGAAAAGCAGAAGCCUCAGAUCUAACCAAAGUAUAGCAUCAUUGGUUGAGUCCGACUCAGGACCGAAUACUCAUCACGAUUUACAUUAUGAACCUUCCUGCAGUCCAUUGAGAGCUUCUGUUCAGUCGCAAACAUUAGAAUUCAUAGAUAAUAGUUCCGCCAAUACUGUUCAAAGUAUAACACAAAAUACAAAUAUUUCUUGCAGGAAUUCAAAUCGACAAAUCAAUGUUAAAAAUUGUAGCAGUGGUAGAAUAGAUUCAAGUACUUUUGUGAGAGUGAGAGAAGACGGUCAUAGUAGAACAAGGUAUAGACAAAAAAGUGUUAACAUCGAAGAUUCGGGAUAUUUAAGCAGUGACUCUACAGGUUCCAGGCAGAUACUAAAAAAAAUUGUCUUAGCCAACAUAGUGAAUUGCAGUGAUACGGACGAUACGGAAAAUGAAGCCAGAAGUGAAUCUGGUGCCGAAAGUACAGAAGCACAUUCUGUAUAUUUUGGUAGUUUUAGGAAAUUGACGUCAAGUGACGAAAACUCGAACAACAGUAAGAGUUUAAGAAACAGUUUACGAAACAUCAAACAUUAG